ACGUUCCAAUAUCCGUCGUCUAUCUGGCAAACAUUGCUUGAAGUGCUGCUGCGAAAGAGGAAGAGCCAUGGCAACGGCUCUGCAGCAGCAAUUGGCCGCCAUUGCGGCCAACAGCACACACCAGCUCGACCUGAAAGCGCAAAAGGCGCGCCACAGUAAAUCGCUACUGUUCGAACCUCGAGAUGCCGCUACCCAAAAAUUCGAUACCAUCUACCAAAUAUGUCUGGAAGGAUUCGAGGAGUUAUGCGAGUUGGACAAGCGAUUCAGACCGUAUGCGCGGAAUCUGUUCAGCGAGCAGAGUAAGACGGAGGAUCGGACGAAUAUGACGGUGCAAGAGAAUGAAGAGCUGGAUACGGUUAUUGUGCGGUUUCUGGGGCUGCUUGGAGGACGAUUACUGCUGAAGCCGGCGAUGAAGGCCAUGGAAUGGCUCGUCAGAAGGUUCCGAGUGCAAGAGUACAACACAGAGGCCGUGCUGUUCACGUUUCUGCCGUACCACGCUUCGCAUAUUUUCCCGACCCUCCUCUCGAUCUUGCCCGAACAGCUGCCGCCGAAUUUCCGAUUCUUGCAUCCGUAUGUCACAUCAUUGCAGAAUCCGCCUCGUCACGCCAUCGUGGCUGCUGCGAGUAACCAGUCUGCUCUGUUCUCCGCGUUCAGCCAGUAUAUGCUGGGCGUUGCGAAGCUCAAGUACCAGCAGCCAAUGCUUUUGGGAUUCUGGGCCAGCAUUACCGCACAGGCUGUCAACAAUAUGAUCGAUGCGUCCCGUUCCGGAAGGAAGGAAGUUCGCAGGCAGAAAGAGGAGGAUAUGCUGAUGAAAGUGCUUCCCAUCCUUCGCGGAGCAUUCGCCAUUCAGGGUGUGCCGGAGCUGUAUUUGGGAAGUUGCAUGAUCAUGACCAUCAUGGCAACCAAGGCUGACCUCAGUGAGGCUACCUUGAAUGCCCUCAUGGACGCAGUGGCGAGCGGUUGGACCGAGCAGACAAUUGAGGACGGCAUCAUCUGUCUCUCGGUGCUUGCAGAGGAAAAGGAACAGUUGACUCUGUCCAAAGGCACAGUCCGUGCACUUCUCCAGCAGGAAGAGGCACUGGAGAUUCUCGAUCGAGUGGGUGGAAACUACAGAGUGGAUAAUCUGCUCACCGGAGUUGCAUUGGGUGCUCUGGACCUGAUCAAGGGCACGUCAGACGCACGCGCGAUGCAGCUGCUGCCAGCAAUUCUCUCUUCACAAUCGUUACCCGAGUCACACGCCGUGUAUAUCUUGGAGAGCACGCUUCGUGCGAUUGCCGAUCUCCCAUCGGCCGAAUCUGAUGCCAAUAGCCGACGCGAUCUCAUCACUAUUGCUUCUCGUGCCUCCGAGGAGGAGCACGGGGCGCGGCAAUUGCAAUUGGCGGCUCAGAGAGCAAAUAUCAAUCUCGCCGAACUGGACGGAAGCCUCACCCUGAGAUUGACGGACGGGGACGAGACUCGGGACGAAGAGAGAGAUCAGAUGUUGCUCGACUCACAAUUCGAUAUGGAAGCCAUCGAGACCAAAGCAUUGUUUGAAGACCUUCCCAAGAUCGAUUCCACCAACUUCUCAUUCCUGGACGAAGCACAUUCAGCCAUCUUCGCAGACUACUGUUCAGCUUUUCAGGCAGCAUUGCCUUCGAAACAGGAUGUGGCCACCUUCUUCAGCCUGCCCUCUCUCGCUCGCAAGAGCCUGACACAACAGCCGACCAUGCUCACAUUCCUUGCUCGUACAUGGACGAGUGAUGUUCCCGCGUCAGUGCGAGUCAAAGCGCUGCAAGUCACCCGAGAGCUGCUGGAGCAGGUUCGCAAAAGUGGUCAAUCAGUCGACUUGCAAUUGCUGAUUCCGUAUGUUAUCUCCGGUCUUAGCGACUCUGUCAAGGCUGCGAGAAGCGCUGCUGCUUCCACCUGUCUUGCUCUGCACAGCACAUACGAUGUCAAGAAGCUCAAGGAAUCGACAGUGUGGGCGAAACCCUCUGCUUACGGCCCGGCUGGAUUCAAUGUGCAGUGGUUGUCCUCCGCCGAUGCGCACAAAUUCAUUGCUGAUGGCAUCGUUGCGGUCCUCGAAGACUGUGUUAUCGAUCAAAAUUAUAUCCUCCAGCACUUGGCAGAUACGAUCAACGGCGCCACGAAGGCCGAGCGCAAGGAGUUGAAACAGGCCCUGCGCGCAAGUGUUUAUUCUUGCCUUGCCUCGCAUGUAGUUGCGACCCCUGAGCCGCAAGUAAAACUCCGCCUUCUGGACGUCACGGCCAAAGUCGGCAAGGUCGCUGGAUCCAACACCCGCGUUCAAGUACUGCUGCCAUAUGCAAAGCAGGCAUUGGGCGACAAGUCAUCGAGCCCAGCCCUCUGCAAGGCCUUGGUCAGCAACAUGACCCAUCGCAGUACCGAGGAACUACAAUUUUCGAAGGAUCUUGCUGGCGGACAAUACGGCGCUGACCGUGCGCAGUAUGCAUUUGCUCGUCUGAGCCAACUGUGGCGCAACAUGAAGCAGAAUUCGCAAACUGACGUCGCAGACUGGCUGCUGGAUCUAUCUCUUGGCGGCGAAGGCUCAACGGCUUCUGAAGAACUUCAGGCACAAGCAGUGGAAACACUGCGUAACUUGACGCUGCCCAGUGAAAUACUGGUGCAUCUGGUGGAGAGUCUACCCAGUGUUGCGCAACUGCAAGGCCAUCCGACUCCCGCCAAAAAGCAACGAACAAGUCGGACUUCUGACGUUUCGAAGCUCGCUAGCAUCGACAAAUCCAAACUUGAUGCAGCGAUUCGCCGGAUCACUCUUGUGCUUGAAAUCGUAGAGGGGUCAAAGGCUGAACAGCAUCCACAGUUGCUGAAGGGUCUCUUUUACCUUCUGAGCGAGUUGCAGCACUACAAGACGCUACUGGACUCCGAGCUGGUUUACCUGCAAGGACUUCUGAUCAACAACCUGCUCUCUGUCGUGAAGGGAUUGAAGAACGCGUCGAACAAGGACGUGGACCGCUCAGUUGUCCGCGCUGAUCUCAUCGUUGACUGUGUGCGAACCACCUCAAGCACACAAGUCCAUCAGUCUGCGUUACUUCUCAUGUCCUCUCUGGCUUCCUGGGCACCAGAUCUCGUCCUUCACAGCGUCAUGCCAUUGUUCACGUUUAUGGGCUCAACAAUCUUGAAGCAGGGAGACGAUUACAGCGCUCAUGUCACCGACCAGACAGUGGCGCGCAUCAUUCCUCCUCUGGCGGCAUCCCUCAAGAAGAAGGGCCGAGAUUUGCUCACAGGAUCUGCUGAGUUGCUCCUGAGCUUCACCGCAGCCUUUGAGCACAUCCCGCUUCAUCGACGAGCAGGACUAUUCCACAAUCUGGUCCAGACCCUCGGCCCAGAAGAGUCCCUUUUCGCGAUCAUGGCUAUGCUUAUUGAGCGUUAUCCGGAAGACAGCACUGUGUUACCUUUCGUGUCAGACCUGAUGAGCCAUUUCCCGUCGACCGUCGAGCUCGGUGCGAUCAGAAGAUACCUGGAUCUCGUCUUCGACACCCUGAAAUCGAAGAGAACAUUGUCCGAUGUUAUCCUUGGCUAUGGUGAGAAGAAUGCUGAUCAAGCCAAGGCUUCGACAAUUGUGCUCAUGGAAGGUCUUGCAAGCACACUCUCACGUGAAGCACUUCGCCGAAAGCUAGCCAAGGAACUGAAACUGGGCGCAGAAACCGCUUCGUCACUGCAAAACACAUACUCGGUAAUUCUGGAGAAGACCAUGCAGCUUGGUCUGCAAGUCACCAAGUCUGAGGAUCUUUCGGACAGCGCAUCUAAUGUUCUGACUGCACUGCUCGGUCUGAUGCCAACGAGCGACUUCAUCGAGUCCAGUGCUAUGCUCAUGCAAACAGGCUCUGACGAGAUUCGCCAGCAGGUCUUCUGGUCUUUGGAACAGCGUGUCGAAACGGCAAGACGCGGCGAUGCAACGUUGCAAAAGGUCUUCAUCGAGGUUCUACCGAAUUGUGCUCUGUUCGUCGCGUCCAGUCAGCCAAUUGCAACUAGGACCGCUGCCAUCACUUGCAUUGAUCGGAUCGCAGACAAGUUUGGCAAGACAGAUCGCUCGUCUGUCAUGUCUGUUGCGCAAGAGAUUGCAGGCGAUGCGGCACUCGGCGAGAAAGAUGAUGAUCUUCGCCGAAUAUCCAUUUUGUGCUUGGCGAGCAUGGUGGAGGUGUUGGGAGACGAGAUGAUCCCCAUUCUGCCAAAGACGUUCGACACCGUGCUACGCUACAUGCACGAAACCUUGCAUGAAGGUGACGGCGAGGCUAACAUGGAAUUGCUUGUGGCCGGCUUCAGCUUUGCCAUGGCUGUUCUCGAUCACAUUCCAUGGAUGCUGUCCGGGAAGUACUUGGACCGCCUUCUUGUACUUGCCGCUGAGAGUGAUGCGGACACUGUUCAGCGAUUCAUUGCGCUCGCGGCAAGAAAGGUCUCGGCCAACGAUUUCCUCGGCGCCAUUGAGCGUACCUGGGCAGAAGUUGUUAAGAUCGCAACCGAAGAUGAUGUCGAUGCAGCUCGCAUUCAUGUUACCGCUCUCAACACUGCCGUGCAACAUCACACCAAGGCGACUAUUGCACAGAAUGCGCAACUGCUCUUCAAGAUCCUUCUUCUUGCGUUCGAUCUGCGGCGACAACUUGCUGACGAAGAUGACGAGGAUUUGUCGUCGCUCUUCGAUAUGGUCAACGACACGACCAUGCAAGCUGUGCUUAAGCUUAACGACAACACAUUCCGGCCAUUCUUCAUUCGUCUCACCGAGUGGGCCUUCGCAGGACUUCCAAAGACCGACCAUAAGGGUGCUCUCCUCCGCACCUCCAGCCUUUACAGCUUCUCUCUCGUCCUCUUCGAGCAACUCAAGAGCCUGGUCACAAGCUAUGCCAGCUUCUUGCUUGAGAAUGCCGCAUCUCUGCUCACGACACUGUCAACUGGAGAUGAACAGGAGCUGGAGCUUCUCGAACUUGUCCUCGACACUCUGACAUCGAACUUCUCCAACGACCAAGACGGUUUCUGGCAAUCUCCCGCACACUUCGAUGCGAUCGCCAAGCCUCUCGUCUCCCGCCUCGGUCUCGCAGCCACAUACGAUGUCAAUUCGCACGUUAUUCCCGCCAUUACGGAGCUUGCUGCAUGUGUUUCCAGUCAAGAUCAUCACAAGACCAUGAACGGGCUGAUCAUGACUUUUAUGCGGAAUGAGAAUAGUGCUGUCAGGCUGGCGGCUAUCAAGGCGGAGAGAUCUUUGACUGAGAGAUUGCAUAUUGAUUGGUUGAACUCUUUGCCGGAGAUGUUGCCAUUUAUUAGUGAGUUGCAGGAGGACGAUGAGGGAGUUGUGGAGAGGGAGUGUCUGAGAUGGAUUGCGCAGAUUGAGGAGGUUACUGGGGAGUCGUUGGAGGGGAUGUUGCAGUAGAUGUACUUGUGUAGAUGGCUGGAAGACAGUCGCACUCUCGUCGAUCAUCUCUACUCCACGU